AUGGAUCACCACCUCACGUCGAUGCCGCCGUCGCCGAUGGAGAACUCAACGGUGGGGCUGGCCUCGAAGACGCCGACGCCGGCGUCCAUGCCCAACUCGCUCCUCGCCUUGGUACCGUCCUCCCGCCACGUCGACACACGCGUCUGCGCCGGCGUCCGCCCCGACGCUGGCCUCCCGCACCGUCUACAGCGACCGCUUCAUCCCCAGCCGCACCGGACAAACCUCGCGCUCUUCGACCUCGCCCCCUCGCCCUCCGCCGCAUCCUCCCACGAAGGCGGCCCCGGGGCCUCGUCUAGAUCUACGCUCGCCACGUCGCCCUACUGCACGCUCCUCCGCGUCGCGCUCUUCGGUCCCAACAUGCCCGACCGGGUUGCGUCUUCGGCCACCGCGUGCUCGUCGUCCUCCUCCCCGGGGCCCUCGCCUGUGGGCACUCUCACCACUGGGAACAUCUUCAGAUUCAAGACGGAGGUGCGCCAGAGCGCCAAGAGGGCUCUUUUUCAGGAGAGGAAGAGGAGGACGCGCUGUUCCCUGGCAUUUUCACCACGAGGGGUGCAGGACCAAGGAAGGUCCCAAGGUUGCCCUACAAGGUGCUGGAUGCGCCUGCUUUGCAGGACGACUUCUACCUCAACCUCGUCGAUUGGUCUUCACAUAAUGUCCUCGCUGUUGGGUUGGGCAAUUGUGUUUACUUGUGGAAUGCAUGCAGCAGCAAAGUCACCAAGCUUUGUGAUUUGGGGGUGGAUGACAAUGUUUGUUCUGUGGGGUGGGCGCAGCGUGGCACUCACCUAG